CUCGUUGCCAUGCCAACUCUUUUUCCCAUGCUUAGUACGAGCGCUAGAUGGCGUUUGGGUAGGCUUCUCCUCCGAACCCUUGCGGACGGACCGAGAGGCGGGAGAGGGAGAAUAAUCAGUCAGCCGCAUGCUCUGGUCCAGUACGGUAGUUAUGUGUGUUAACGAACCCUACUUUGUUGAAAAGAGGGAAUUUUUCUCAGCUGGCCACCCUUCACGUCUGAAGUCCACGGGAUCUGUGUUAUUCUUCUUGUGUCUUGCCUUUCCGUAAUAUUUGAGCGUUUAAGGCAUUCUCUAUCCAUAACAGUUCCAAGAAAAUGACUGUCGUCAUUCUCACAUUUCAGUUUGAUUUCUUUGCCUAGGAAACAGUCAACACGACUUGGUUUGGUUGCCGAAACAGUUGAGGCAAAGUGCACCUAAAAAUUAUAAAACCUGGGCAAAACAAAACACGUUAUCUUUCAUAUGGCCAAUUAUUUGGAUGACAUCGAAAUACUGGCUUUAGGCCGACACUUUAGCCUAGGAACACUUUACAAUUACGUCGAUGAUAGCAUCAUACCAGAUAUUCAAUUAUGGGUCACAGACGACGUAUCCCAGUUAUCUGUCAAGACGGAAAUGAAUGCUGAAGUUUCUUUAAAGACAACUGUGCAAACGGAUGAGGACAAUGAGGACUUUCACGAGGGACAAGACCAAGGAUCAUUCCUGUCCAAUUUGGGAAUGGACGAUCACACGGCCAUGAGUUUAAUGGCCGGACUGUUGCGUCCAUCUCUCAAAGGAGCUUGGCAAUAUGCGGCUGAUUGGGUCGACGCGAAGGACGAAUUAUUUAGUCAUGGAGCUCACGUGACAGUCCAUUGCUGCCAUUCCGAAAAAAAUGUCUCUGUCAAUCCGGAGAGUCAGUUGGAAAUCGUCUGCCAACCUGAGCUAUUGGCCAACAGUCAGGCAACUCACGUCGUCGUGGCAAUCACGUACGGCCUAGAGGCCUUUUGCAUCUUUCCUCAAGACCAACAAGCAGAAACUCAGGAAAAGGAGCGAAAGGACAUUGAAAUGAUGGCGGAAAAAAUAAGGGAUUAUGCACGUCAUUUUAAAUAUCGACUAACGGAUGAAAGCGAAAAUUUAGAGUCCGAUCAUGACGAAGACGAUGAGGAUAAUGGCUAUUCUUCAAUCCCAAAAGAUUUGAAAUGUAUUCUCUACAGCGAUCUAGUGGAUGUUGAAGAUGGCAAAAGUUGGACAUUGAAACCUGUCGCAGAGCAGUACGAAGCCUGCAGGAAGAUACUGGAAAGCGGAACCGAAAAGGCCAUCCCGCUGAGAGUGUGGCUGCGUCCGCUCUGCAACGGAAUGAAUGCCGAAGAAAGAAUAGCUCAAAUUCCGAUAAAUGGUGAAGAUGUCUCACAGAAACUGAUAUUUCGUUGUCAGACUAUGUUGAGCCGUCUUCACAGCAGCCGUCUGGAGGCGAAACUGUUGGCCAACCAAUUGAACGGGCUAAAUAGUCACCAAUGCAUUCCAUCGACAGCCAGCAAAAGAAUCAAACACUUUAAAGAGUUGAUAAUGCAAUUUCUGCCAACUUUCAUCAAAGCCCUGUCUGUAUGGACUGCUCAAAUUCGUCGUGGAACGGGUCGAGAAGACAAAAUGGCCAAAAUCAUCGAUGCAUUGGAGACCCAGUCGCCAUUCGUUGCUGAAAAGCUGAAACACUGGCUCAAUCUACAGAGACAGGAAUUGAAAACUUUAAAGAGUCUGGAUAAAUUGCCUGGUGUACUUGUGGUGUCGAUCAUGGAACGCCUUGAAAAAGAAAUCAGAAACGGAGGCAAUGGGUCGUACGCCGUCGUUCUUCAUCUGCCCAGUCCGAGAGGAGAAUUAAACUCUUUAGUUAACGAGAUGAAUCGUUAUAUCGACGAUUUUAAUGCAUCUGCAUCAUCGAGCUGGAUGAAUUUGACAAGGGCUAGUAGCAACCAGCAAACAACAGCGAAGACGACGUCCCCCAUAUUUCGUCAAAUGUUCACGUCUGGCCAAGAAUUUUCCAACUGGAUUACGAAUCACAAUGCAGAUACCAAGAACGUCCGCUACAUCAUCUUUUACGACCAAUGCACUGAAAAAACAUUGCCCUUUACAAGAUUAUACGAUUGCAGUAGGGAAGAGGCCCUACCGUUGGAUUUCACCAUCCCAAAGGCUCCUGGACAAGUGAUGGUCACAAAGAAUCGUCGUGGUGUGAUCGGAUUGCGUUGGACGGCUGAUGAAACGACCGGAGUACGCCACUAUCUGGUCCAGUAUUGCGCAGUGGAUGGGCAAGAAGACCAUUGGCUUUCCGUCCGGAAAUCUUCAAACAAAGUCGAAAUUGAUUACCUCCAAUCAGGGGAGACCUACCUGUUCAGGGUGGCAGCAGAGACACUUGGAGGAAGAAGCCCUUUCAGCCCUGUCAGCUACGAAGUAACAAUAGAUCCAGUUUGUUCGCCGCCAACUGGAUUACGAGUUCACGAGGUGACCGAUACGAGCAUAUCUAUCUCGUGGCAUCAACCUUACUUGAAAAACAGUGCUGAAGAAGAAGUCAGGAUUACCUCGUACUCUGUUGAAUGCUGGAUGAGCGAUAGUCGUCACCAAUCCACAUUCAUCCAACGAUCUACGACGAACAAGACAAUCGUAUUAGAACCGCUAGUUCCAGGUGCGACGUUCAACAUUCAAGUUAGGGCUGAAUGCAAAAACGCCAGUGGCUCUACUCUCUAUAGCCCGGCGUCAGAGAUUUUGCAAACUUGUACAUUGCAAGAGGCAGAGCGAGCAGCGAUCAUCGUCCGUCGUACCAGCAAAAAAUGUUCCGUAUUGCCUGGAAUUGAAGUUUACGAAUUGCCGUUGAAAAAACGUGGCAAUGCCAAAAUUCAGGGAGUUGGCCAUUACGUUUUUGGUGAGCCGAGUUAUUUGGCAUUGGUGGGUAAACGUCGACAAAGAACCAUCUUGGUACUGGGUGCCACCGGUUCAGGUAAGAGUACACUCAUUAACGCCAUGGCGAAUUACGUACUGGGAAUUGAAUGGGAAGAUGAUUUCCGUUUCAAGUUGAUCAACGAACCAGCUGACAAAUCGCAGGCUUACAGUCAGACGGACUUGGUGACCACCUAUGAUUUUUACGAGAUGAAGGGCUCUCGUUUGGGUUAUUCGCUGAGCAUUGUCGAUACACCAGGAUUUGGUGACACAGGUGGAAUUGAAAGAGACAAGAAAAUUAUGCAACAACUCAAAGAUUAUUUCCAGUGUCCUCACGGGAUUCAGCAAUUAGAGGCCGUUUGUUUCGUCGUCCAGUCGUCACUCGUCAGAUUGACGCCUUCCCAGCAAUAUAUCUUUGACCAGAUUCUAUCCAUCUUCGGUGAAAACGUCAAAGAUAAUAUCCGCAUCAUGGUGACAUUUGCUGACAAUGAUUUGCCGCCAGUCCUCGACGCUGUCAAAGAGGCUAAAAUUCCGUCACCCAUCGACCCAAUUACCAAACUGCCACUUCACCAUAAAUUUAACAAUUCCAUUUUCUUCGAAACUAAUAAAAACAGCCGUCAAGUAAAUGAAUUCAACCGGACUUACUUUGAGUUGGCCGUGAAAGGUUUCGACAAAUUCUUUGCCGAUUUGAGGAACGUGGAAGCGAAAUCCUUGACGCUAACUCGCCAAGUCCUCGAAGAACGAAGGCGACUACAAGCUCUUGUCGAAGGCCUUCAAUCUCGUAUUCAAUUCAAUUUAGCAAGGAUCGACGAGUUCGAGCAAAUCAAGAAACUGCUGGCAGAAAAUCAACAACAAAUGGAUGAAAACAAGAAUUUUGAUUUUGAAGUCGAGUUUCUUGUUCCAAAGUCGACGGACAUCAGUGGGACGGGCCAGUUCACCACCAACUGUCAGAAAUGUACCACAACCUGUCAUUUUCCUUGCUCGCAAGCCAGCGACACCGAUAAAUAUCGUUGCUCCGUCAUGGAUCCAAAUGGAAACUGCAGGAUCUGCAAGUGCCGGUGGAAUGAUCAUUUCAAUCAGAAGUUCAGGUACGAAAUGGUGAAGGAAAAAGUACAGCGUUCAACGAAUGCCAUGCGAAAGCAAUAUCAAGGGGCCAAAUCCGAAGCAUUGACUAAUCAAGAACUAUUAGCCAAAAUUGAGGCAGAAAUUGCCCAAAAUAAAAAACAGCUAACGAAGCUGGUGCAGGAGACUUCUCCUUCCAUACAGCGAUUGAACGAGAUCGCAUUAAAGCCUCACACGCUCUCCACACCGGCUUAUAUUGACCUGAUGAUUGCCAAAGAAAAACAAGAGCAUCUUCCUGGAUACCAACAGAGAAUCACUACUCUGCGAAGACUUCACCAACAAGCCGAGAUGAUGACCAAACUGGUGAAUGACCAUCAGAAUCGGCCAUCGUGGUUCAAGAGGCUACUGAACUUUGUUUUAGGUAACCGUGUUUCCGACUUCGCGAAUAACUGGACUCCAGAUCCACCUGCCAACGCUCGACGACCACCUAUAGCAGAGAUGAAGACUAAACGGGUGAAUGACCAUCAGAAUCGGCCAUCGUGGUACAAGAGGCUACUGAACUUUGUUUUAGGUAACCGUGUUUCCGACUUCGCGAACAACUGGACUCCAGAUCUACCUGCCAACGCUCCACUUAUCAAAAGGAUUAGUGCGAUUAUUUUUUUUAUUCCUACUUUCUCUUUUCUUGUGUAUACCUAUACCAGGGAGUCCUUCACUGUGAUCGUCAUUGCAGCACUGUUUACCCUUGUAAAAAAGGUUCGAUCAUCAGCGACGCUUAACGAAAUCAUCAAGAAAUACCUCAUUCCAAGCAUGGUUGUAGUAUCGUUAACCCUAAUGGAAAAGAUUUGGUUUGCACCGACGUUUAUUUAUACCAUCGAGGAGUUCUGCAAUGCAGUCGUCUUUGCAGUUUUGUUAACCCUUAUCAUAAAGCUCUGGUCAUUAACAAGAUCUAAUUUCAUGGAGAACAUCAAAGAGAUUCUCUUUGCAAGCAUGGUUGCAAUAUCGAUAACCCUUUUAAAAAAGGUUGGGUUAUCAACGACGUUUGUUUUUAUUGACUCAGAGAUGUUCAGUGUACUCUGUACAACCAUCAUUGCAGUAAUCGCAACCCUAAAGGAAAAGGUAUUUGGAUACGUUACGUAGUUGGAUACGUAACUGCAUGUUCGGAUUCCUUUCAUUGCCACUUUACGUGCUAAGUCCUUUACAUGCUAUUUUAAAUGUCUUUUGACCACGAAACUCGCCAUUCGCCAGCGGCUAGGAGCGAAUGGUUGAGGAUCCAUCCUGCACAAAUGAACAAUGUUAAUUAAGAAUCGAUACAAUUGUUUCACAUGCA